CACAACUCUUGCGGUACGUUGGUAUUAGGAAUUUGCAAUGAACCCAACUACGUGGAAAUUCCUUUGUUUUAAUAUUUUUUCAUUGCCUUACAUUUAUAUUGGAAGUAGUACAUCAGCAACUGCAUGAAUAGUUGCUAACUAAAUUUUCGGUUGACACGUCGUGUGACUUAAUUUUCUAUGACAACCGUACGGUUGUUUAAAUACGUAUUUAAACUUCUGCGCUGUUCGUUAUAAUUACUACUUUGUAUCCAUUAUAUCUCCUGUUAAGGUGACGAAUGUGUGCGGUAGUACCAGUGCGGAGUUAAUGACGUUUAGUAACACCCUUCAAGGACCUGGAAGCCAGGUAUUUUGGUACCUCUUGACAUAAAAAUUUGGGAUGUGUAACUGUUCAUGUUUCUCCUCAUAUUUGGUUUCACAGUUAUUUGCUCCAGUAAUUGUGGUUCUCCAUUAUUCAUCUAUAAAGAGUACUCAAAGACAGUACUCAUAUCUGUUAAUUAGUGCAGUACUCUAUCCUGAACCAAGUGGGGUGAGAAAUAUAUGAUAGAAUUCUACAUGUUACUUAUCAUGCGUCACAAGAAUUGGAUUCAGUGCGCAAAUAAUAACCGUAAAAAUAGUUUCUGAGUCAUCUGGACUUACUAGGUUAGCUCUGGAUUCCUUAUGUGUAAUUUAGAGUUGCCAUAAAAAACCGGUCAUGCAAUACAAGGGUGACUGCAAACAGCCCGGCCGGUACUGCCUUGGUUCUUCGUUAGAGAUUUCUUUUUGGGUGAUAAGUUAAGUACUAUAUUAUAUUCGGUCUGCGAAAUGUCCGUCCGUUGAAAUGGCUUGGUGAUGCGCUACACAUAUGGAGCCACUACUUUCCCAGAUGCUUGGUGUCAGGUGAAAUAAAAUUAGUUCUUUCUAUUGUCUAAUUUUAAUUGGGUUUUUAUUAAAUGUGAAAACGAACUGCUCAACAUUUGCAAAGUCCUUCUUUGUUACUUCAGUCAGUGAUGUAUUUUGAGUCGUUCUUCUUAGGGUAUUUGAAUAUCCCUUUAUAUUAUUUUAUAGAUACCCAAGUAAGCUAGCCGAGAAGUUCGGAUUUUAGUCUGAAUAUCCUGAGGCUCUUUUCAGCUUACUUGACACUUUUAUUCAAUGAACUGAAAGAUCUCCGAAGCACCACUAAUUUGUAUAUCUCUGAAUUUAUGGCAGUCAAGGGUUGUGGACGUACAUGGGUGUGGUACAUGGAAUUCCAUUUAGGUAUCCCAUAAGUUUAUUGAUUAUCUAUCUUGUCAAUGUUUUUUUUCCUUAUUAUUACUACUGCUACUAUUUGUGAUUGAGGUACUCAUAGAAAUGCUGAGAAUCAAGGUUACUGAGUGUUAACUCGUUUGUUGUCUCUUACUUUUUUAGUGUCUUUGGUGACUUUAAAGCGUUUCUUCAGAACUAGCGGGUCGGGUUCUGCUUGCAAUCUGUUGUUUCCUUGACACCGAAAUGUCAUUGGGAAGGUUGAAACGUAUUGUUCAAUGUUGUAAUAAUAUAUCUCGUGGAGUCAACGUAAAUUCACUCCGAAGAAGUCAUUUUUACAGUGUGAAACCGAGAUUCAAUUACCGUGAUAACAUUGAAAGAGAUAUAAAAGAAGAAGAAAAAGCUCAACAUGUGAUGACUGUACUUUGGGCAUGGCUUACGUAUUACUACAUUAAUCAUUUUUCAGAUUUCCUUAAUCUUUCACCUUCAAUAGACCCUACGAAGUUUAGCGACGCUGAACUCGGAGUUGCUUAG